CGCUUAUAAUUCAUACUUAUAUUUAUACAUACAAGAAAAUGUUCUUUUGCAUCACAGGUUCUUAUAGAUUGUUAUUAUCAAGCCUGUUUUGUGUUUUGAAUAUCAUAAAUUGAUUGACAAUUUAUUUAGUGUCAUGCAGUGCACGCAAUCAAGAAUGACAAAAUGGCCUCUUAUUAUGAAUGAAUCUGUCAGAAGAGUAAAUUUAUAAAGUUGGUGCUUUAAUUAUAGUAUUAAACACAAUGCAGACUAUCAAGUGUGUGGUUGUUGGUGAUGGAGCCGUAGGAAAAACAUGUCUCCUUAUAUCUUAUACAACUAACAAGUUUCCAUCUGAAUAUGUGCCAACGGUAUUUGACAAUUAUGCUGUUACUGUUAUGAUUGGUGGUGAGCCUUACACACUUGGACUUUUUGACACAGCAGGGCAAGAAGAUUAUGAUCGACUACGUCCACUCAGUUACCCCCAAACUGAUGUCUUCCUAGUGUGCUUUUCUGUUGUAUCACCAUCAUCGUUCGAAAACGUCAAAGAAAAAUGGGUACCCGAAAUAACGCAUCACUGUCAGAAAACUCCAUUUUUAUUGGUGGGCACACAGAUUGAUCUGAGAGACGACGCUGGGACCAUUGAGAAGUUGGCCAAAAAUAAACAAAAGCCCAUAUCUUUUGAACAGGGGGAGAAACUCGCCAAGGAGUUAAAAGCAGUAAAAUAUGUUGAAUGCUCUGCCUUAACACAAAAAGGACUUAAGAAUGUUUUUGAUGAAGCCAUUCUGGCUGCACUAGAACCUCCAGAACCAGUCAAACGAAGACGAUGUGUCAUGCUGUAGGAGCCUUAUGAACAUUGAAUCGCUGGCCACCAAUCAACCAGCCCGAUGCGUUGUAUGUUCUGAGCCAUAACAUCUGUGUUUACUUUAUUUGCGCAAACACUGCACUAUGGACUUCUACAAUCGAUACAAUAACUCCUGAAAUUGUAAAUAAUUUAGAAUAGAAGUAAAUUUAUUAUGUUAUUGGUUAAAAGAAAUUAUUGAAAGAUUAUAAUUUAUUAAUGCAUUUAUUCAGUCAGCUGACCUGGGAUAAUACUGUCAAUGUUUAUGGAUUUUAUAAUACUUUAAACUGAGAUAACUGGUGCAACAAUCAAGCCUUUGCUGAAUAAACUCAUUAAUAACCAGUUUAAAGAUCUUUCAGAACCUGUUUUUAUCUUUUGAUUUAGUUUUAAGUAUUGUCACCACUAAAAACCUUUAGAUUAUUAAUUUAAUAUAUUAAUUUUAUAGGAAUACCCUUGUGUAGAAUGAGCCCAAUACUAAAUAGUUUGUUUAUUUUUGUUUAUGUCACAUGUAUGACUGCUAUAUAGUAUUAACGUUUUUGAUUAUUUACUUGAGCAUUUUAUAGUGUAGAAAAGGAAUGUGUUAUGUGAAGCAUAACGACAAGCAUGAUUCAUUUGUUAAAAGAUUGUUUUUAAAUUUUACGUCCACUUUUGGUUUGUAUAAAUUAAAAUCAUUAAUCAAGCUUGUAAAUUUUUAUUUUACGUUCUCGGUUGGUUCGUAUUGUGUUUGGUUGGAUUAGUGUCAAUUUAUUUCAGUUUAAAUUAUUUUCAUGUAUUGUAACUAAAUUCUGUAAGUUGGAUAAUUUGCUUUCUUCCCUUCUUCACAAACUAUUUAUUUUCAUAGGAAAGAAAAAAGGUGGUGUACAGUGUCAGAUGUAUGUAAUGAAAGUAAAAGAGCGUUUCAUAUUUUUAUAAUAAAAGAUUAAUCAAUAUGUGGUCUAUUUUGCCUUGUAGACAUAGUAUGUGUAUGUUUUAGUAUGUUAUUUAUUGUUGUUGUCAGAUUUAUUGUGUUUUGUAUUCCGUUAAAAAUAUAAAAACUGCUAAGUCGGCAAAAAGUACAAUGAGAAGGAUUGGCUUUAGUUAAAUCUUUAUGUCAAGAAAUAAACAUUUCCGAAUAAAAAGUCAUACACAGAAUUUUACUUAUUAUGAAGAGUGGCUCCCUUUACAAUGUAUCUUUUAAAGGGUGGAAUGAUUGUUUGUAAUCCAUGUUAAAACACAGAUAAUGUUUAUAUAUAAUUUUUAUACAUGGUGUUAAUAUGAAAUUAGCACCAUUUCAAAAGUUUACCUUAUCAAACCUAAACAUUAUCGAUUAAUUCAGUUUAAUGUUAGUGCCAUAUAGUGUUUUGUGAGACAGACUUUUUAUAAUUUAUUAACAGCCGGUUUCUGAUUUUGUUUUUACUUAAAUUUUUACCUUAAGUAAAGUGUACUUUUUACAAUGGAAUUGAAACUUUGUUAUAAACUACAUGUUAUUUAUUGUGAGCACACCAGUCAUACAGCCAGCACAAACUUUACUGUACUAUUAUUACCGAAAACAUAAUUUAAUCUUCAUAUGCCACCAAACAUGUCUUAGUAAGCUGGUAAACUUCAAUGAAUGGCCUUGAGAAAUUUGUUAUGCAUUUCUUGUAAAUUAGCAAAAUUCAGUAUACUGUUCAAAUGGAUGAAAAUAGCAAUCCCUCAUUUUCCAUCAAGGUGUGUCUUUUUAUUUACUUUCUACAAAAUGUAGUCUAAAAUAGUAUUUAAACUUUAACCCUUUGUACGUGAUAAGCAGCAUAUAUUGCUGAUCAUAAUUUCCCUGUAACGCUAAACAGGAUUCAUCUCGUAACAAAACAUUAUAUUCAUUUCAGUUACCCAAAUUCUGUAUGAAUGCACAAGUGUGCUUGUUUGGUGUUCUAUUAUGAUGUCGAUAGUGUGAUGUUUUUAGUUUUUGCUGACAUUGACCGUCAGUGCGCGCAUUCGGCCUGCCCUCUCUAUGCUCGAAGCGGUAAACUCGCUUGUAAAAGACAACUAAGCAUGCAUUGAUUUUAAACUAAAAAUUGUUAAACAUAAAAUGUGUUUUUGUAUAUUAUUUUACCAGUAUAUUCAAUAAAAAAGAACUUUUAAAAAUACAUUUUUUGAAAUAGUAGGUUUUAAAAAUGUAUUAUUUAGCGUACUAAGGGUUAAUUUUUUACAGUGAUUUAAAAAUACUAGUUAUGAUGUUAAAUAGAAUAUUUAAAGAUACUUUUUCAACAAUUAAGAUGGUUUUAAUUAAAUCUAAUGUGAAUUGUGUACAACAAACCUUUUCAAUAAAAUUUCCCAUGUAAACACCAUAACUUCACAAUGUUCUUACACACAAGGAUAUUUCAGAUAAAGUAUAUCUUUGUACUUGAAAAUGUAUGCAGUGGAAAGACAAAUGACAUAUAUGAGGUACAUAAUACCUCACUUCCGAUAAAAGCAAUCAGAAACUGGUCUUGUAAUACUGAGUGCAUAACUUUCUCAACGGUCCCGAUUUGUGUUUGUAUGCCUUUUUAGAUUUUGUCAUUUGUAAUGACACACUUUCAUAAUAGUCAAAACUGUGUAGAGAACCUUACAUUCAAGAAAGUUAAUAAGAUUGUAAGAAAACACGUAGAAAACAUGAUAUAUAAAUAAAAUGUUUUUGUUUGUAUGAAUGUUUCAUUGUAUUUAAAAAAAGUGCAAACCUUGAAAGAAAAUAUAUCUAUAGUCUUUCUUCUUUUGAUUUCUCUCAGAGCAUUCUGUAAAUAUUAUUUUGUACAUAGUGUCAGUUGAAAGGCUAGUUUGAAAUUUAUUAUGAAUCCAUUGUCUACAGUUGAACAGUUUUGUAAAAAAGAGGAAGACAGCUCAAAGUUGCGAGUAGAAUCAGAGAAGUAACUGUAUUGGCAAAAUAGAAUAUCUAAGCAUAUAUACUUUUUUACAUUAUAAAUUGUUUUUUUAAUAUGAGUAUAAAAGUCUAGUGGCUGUAUACUACUAGAUAAUUGACAUGUAACACAAAUUAAAACAUUUGAUAUUUAUUAAUAAACAUUUACCUUAUUAUA